AUGUCUUUGAAGAUCAAGCAUCUGAAUUCAGAUGCUUCGUUCCUACUUAGCUUCGAACCCAUUCCAACCUCUUUUCCACCUACACCUGGACAAUCGAGCACACCAUUCACAAUUCUCCUCGAUCCGUGGGUUUCCGGUCCUUCGAAGAUAUGGCAUUCCAAAUUCUCUACGUCUAAGCACAGGAUCCCAGCUUGCAUUUCCUCGUUGACAGAACUCCCGGAACCCGAUCUUGUCAUUAUCAGUCAAUCAAAAACCGAUCAUUGCCAUAGGGAGACCCUCACACAGUUACCACCGAGUGGAGGAAAGACAGUUAUUUUAGCAGAACCUGCAGCGGCCAAGAUAAUUCGAGGAUGGAAGCAUUUUGAUGCUGAGAAAGUUGUUACGCUACCAAAGUGGGAAGAACCUCGAGGUCGUAAGACUUCCACCGUGCAUCGCGUUCCGGUGCCAGCUCUGAGUCCAGAAGGCUCGAGAGGGGAAGUUACAAUUGCAUACAUGGCACAGAAGGCGGAUCUCACCGGGUUACACAGUGCUGUGGGUAUCACCUACAGACCCCCGACGUCACAGGAUAUGUUUCCGUUGACACCUCCGGCUUCACCUCACUCUGGUCAAUCGUUCGCCACUACUCAUCGUCCUGACAGAGCUUUGUCAGUCAUCUUCUCACCUCAUGGCUGCAGCUACAAGACAUUGUCUCCCUACGUCGCAUCACACCUCAUCACUGAAGCGGCUUUGCCAUUGACAGCUCUACUCCACUGCUUUGAUCGGAUCACCAACUCAUGGUACCUCGGGGGAAACAUUUGCAGCGGUUUUCCUGGAGGGUUGGCAAUUGCUCAAAAUCUUUGUGCCCAGACAUGGAUCAGUGCCCAUGAUGGUGACAAGGAAUCGACAGGUUUCGCAGUCACCAAUCUCGUGGUAGAAAAGUAUGAUCGAGAGAAAGUUGAGAGCAUCGUCAGUCCUCGAAACGAGAAAUUCCCCAACCGAAGAACCGGUACAGAAGCAGUAGUUCUACAACCCGGAGAAGAAAAGCAUUUGAUUCAAAGCAUGAUGGAUCUGGACGCUGACACCUCGACCCCGCGGACGAGUCAGGAGACGGCAUAA